GGCGGUGCCGGCACCGGGCCCCGAGCGGAGCGGGCCGGGGGCGGCGGGGCCGGGCCGGGCCGGGCCGGGCCGGGAUCGGGGGUCUCAGCACUUGGCAGCGAUGGCAAAGCCUCAGAGCAAGGAUUCCGGGCUGAAGGAGAAGUUCAGGAACCUUCUGGGGCUGGGAACAUCCCGGGGAAGUUCAAAGUCAUCGGAGGGCAAGCAGACAGAGUUUAUCAUCACUGCAGAAAUACUCAAGGAACUGAGCAUAGAGUGUGGAUUGAGUAACAGGAUACGAGCAAUCAGUCAAAUUUGUGAAGUGGCAAAAACCAAAAAAAUUGAAGAGCACGCCGUGGAGGCCGUGUGGAAGGUGGUGGCUGACAUGCUGCAGCCGGAGCGUCCCGCCGAGGCCAGGCACGCCGUGCUCCAUCUGCUCAAAUCCAUUGUGCAAGGACAGGGUGAGAGAUUAGGGAUCCUCAGAGCCCAUUUUUUUAAGGUUAUUAAGGAUUAUCCCUCCAAUGAAGAUUUGCAUGAACGGCUGGAAGUGUUCAAGGCCCUGACAGAGAAUGGACGAUACAUCACCUACUUAGAGGAGGAGCUGGCUGAUUUUGUGCUACAGUGGAUGGAUGUUGGUUUGACUUCUGAGUUCCUCCUGGUUUUGGUGAACCUGGUGAAAUUCAAUAGCUGCUAUCUGGAAGACUAUGUAGCUGACAUGGUCCACAAGAUCUGCCUCUUAUGCAUUCAGACUUCAUCAUCUAUGGACAUAGAGAUUUCCUUGCAAGUGCUGGAUGCAGUUGUUUGUUACAACUGCCUGCCCUCGGAGAACCUGCCUGUGUUCAUCAUCACCCUGUGCCGCACCAUCAACGUGAAGGAGCUCUGUGAGCCCUGCUGGAAGCUCAUGCGCAACCUCUUGGGAACUCACUUGGGACACAGUGCCAUCUACAACAUGUGCAGGAUCAUGGAAGACAGAUCCUACAUGGGAGAUGCAGCUUUGCUGAGAGGAGCUGUGUUCUUUGUUGGGAUGGCUUUGUGGGGGGCUCAUCGCCUCAAUUCCCUCAGGAACUCCCCAACUUCAGUGCUGCCUUCAUUCCUCAAGGCCAUGACCUGUCCCAACGCAGUCGUGUCCUACGAGAUCGUUCUGUCCAUCACACGCCUGAUCAAGAAAUAUGGGAAGGAGCUGCAGGCUGUGACCUGGGAUAUCCUCCUGGACAUCAUGGAGAGACUGCUGCAGCAGCUGCAGGUUCUGGAGAGCCAAGAACUGAAGUCCAUUGUACAUGAUCUUUUGACCACAGUAGAAGAGCUCUGUGACCAGAAUGAUUUUCAUGGCUCUGAAGAGAGAUUUUUUGAGCUGGUGGAAAGAUGUGCUGAUCAGAGACCAGAAUCUUCUGUGUUAAACCUGAUAACAUACAGAGCUCAGUCCAUCCACCCUGCCAAAGAUGGCUGGAUUCACAACCUGCAGCUCUUAAUGGAGAGGUUCUUCAGGAACGAGAGCCGUAGUGCUGUUAGGAUUAAAAUUCUGGAUGUGCUGUCCUUUGUGCUGAGCAUCAACAGACAGUUCUAUGAGGAAGAGCUGAUAAAUCUGGUGGUGAUCUCCCAGCUGGCUCACAUCCCAGAGGAUAAAGACCAUCAGGUCCGAAAAUUGGCCACUCAGCUGCUGGUGGACCUGGCUGAAGGCUGCAACACUCAUCACUUCAACAGCCUGCUGGAUAUCAUAGAGAAGGUGGCUGCACAUUCUCUGUCAUCUCCUUCAGAACUGGAAGAGAGGGACUUGCUCUCUUAUUCAGCUUCUCUGGAGGAUGUCAAGACAGCAGUUCUUGGGCUGCUGAUAAUUCUUCAGACCAAGCUGUACAGUUUGCCCUCCAGCCACGCCACGCGGGUGUACGAGAUGCUGAUCCAGCACGUCCAACGCCACUACAUCUACUCCUACAGCCUCCCUGUGGCCAGCAGCAUCAGGCUGCAGGUGUUUGAUUUCCUGCUGAUGCUCCGAGCUGACUCCCUGCACCGCCUCGGCCUUUCCAACAAGGAUGGAGCAGUGAGGUUCAGCCCCUACUGCCUUUGUGAUUUUGUAGAGGCAGAGAAAAGGACUUCUGAGAAAAAGGCCCCUGGCACCCUGUCCCCACCUUCAGGCAGCCCCAGUGUGCCUUCCCAAGGUGCCACUGUCCGGGUGGGACACCUGCCCUACUCCAUGGUCUUUGGAGUUCUCCUGCAGUGUUUGAAGCAGGAGACAGACUGGAAGGUGCUGAAGUUGGUUCUCAACAAAUUGCCCGAAUCCCUGCGCUAUAAAGUGCUAUUUUUGACUUCUCCUUGCAACAUAGACCAGCUGGCCUCUGCACUGAGCUACAUGCUCACAGACAAGAAGACCACAGACAGGCUCCACGGGACCCCCGAAGGCUUUUCCCGCACGGAUUUGCACCUGGCUGUGGUCCCCGUGCUGACAGCACUGAUAUCUUACCACAAUUACCUGGACAAAGCCAAGCAGCGUGAGAUCGUGUACUGCCUGGAGCACGGGCUCAUCUACCGCUGUGCCAACCAGUGCGUGGUGGCACUGUCAGUGUGCAGCGUGGAGAUGCCCGACAUCAUCAUCAAAGCACUGCCUGUCCUCAUUGUCAAACUCACCCACAUUUCUGCCACAGCCAACAUGGCAAUCCCUCUCCUGGAAUUUCUGUCAACUCUGGCCAGGCUGCCUCACCUGUACCGGAACUUCGCGGCAGAGCAGUACGCCAGCGUCUUCGCCAUCUCCCUGCCCUACACAAACCCCUCCAAGUUUAACCAGUACAUCGUUUGCCUGGCCCACCACGUCAUCGCCAUGUGGUUCAUCCGCUGCCGCCUGCCCUUCCGCAAGGACUUUGUCCCCUACAUCACCAAGGGUCUGCGCUCCAACGUGCUGCUGUCCUUUGAUGACACCCCAGAGAAGGACAGCUUCAGGGCUCGCAGCACCAGCCUCAAUGAGAGGCCAAAGAGUUUAAGACUAGCCAAAAAUGCAAAGCAAGGCUUGAAUAACUCUCCUCCAGUGAAAGAGCUGAAAGAACCCUCUGCAGUUGAUGCCUUCCGAUCCCGCAGCAUCAGUGUGUCUGAACAUGUGGUCCGCAGCCGCAUCCAAACGUCCAUCACCAGCUCAAGCCUGGGCUCUGCAGAUGAGAACUCCAUGGCUCAGGCUGAUGACAACUUGAAAAACCUGCACCUGGAGCUGACAGAGACCUGCCUGGACAUGAUGGCUCGAUACGUCUUCUCCAACUUCACCGCUGUGCCCAAGAGGUCUCCUGUGGGUGAGUUUCUGCUGGCUGGAGGAAGGACCAAGACGUGGCUGGUUGGUAACAAGCUGGUGACCAUCACUACAAGUGUUGGAACAGGGACAAGGUCCCUCCUUGGCCUGGACUCUGGAGAGUUCCAGAGCACCCCAGAAUCAAGCUCAGACCCUGUUUUUCAAGUGAGGCAGACCAAAGAAGCUCCAGCCAAGCUGGAAUCCCAGGCUGGGCAGCAGGUUUGCAGGAGCUCCCGCAACAGAGUCCGAUCCAUGUCGGGUGGUCAUGCCUUACGUGUUGGUGCCUUAGACAGCUCAGCCUCCCAUUUUCUCAGUGGCUCAACUUCCCAAGGGACACAGGUCCCUCCUGCUCCUGCAGCCCGCCCAGACAAGGCCAGUCCUGCUCCACAGACAGCCCUGCAGAAGGAAAAAGCCAACUUGGCUGCCUAUGUGCCACUGCUGACCCAGGGCUGGGCAGAGAUCCUGGUGCGAAGGCCCACAGGAAACACGAGCUGGCUGAUGAGCCUGGAGAACCCACUGAGCCCCUUCUCCUCAGACAUCAACAACAUGCCCCUGCAGGAGCUCUCCAACGCCCUGAUGGCUGCAGAACGAUUCAAGGAGCACCGGGAGACAGCUCUGUACAAAUCCCUGUCCGUGCCCUCCUCCAGCCUGGCCACGGGCACGGCCAAGCCCUCGCUGCUGCAGCGCUCCAACACAGAAUCCGCCGUGGUGCUGGAGGAGGGGAGCGCCGGGGACACGGAGCUCAGGGAGGCCGAGUCCCCCAUGGAGUCCCCCGAGAGCGAGGACGUGGAGACCUCGUGUUCCGAGCACGUCCUGAGCGAGGACAGAUUUGGGAAAGGCCAGCAUUCCUACAGCAGGUCCUCCUCCACAUCCAGCCAGGAGGAGAAGUCGCUGAAGUCGGAGGAGCUGGCGGAGGGCGCCAUCCCCAUCGGGCGGGAGGACGGCCGGGCUCUGGAGGAACUUUCCUUCCAGCCCUCACAACCCCUGAGCAAAUCCAGCUCCUCCCCGGAGCUGCAGACACUGCAGGAGGUGCUCAAGGACGCCAAUGGCCGGGAGGUGCCCCGGAGGCUGAGCACGGAAGUGAAAUCCAAAUCGCAGUCGGGGAAUCUGGAAGGGGAAGGGCUGGGCAGCUGGCUGGGCAGGGGGGAGGACAGCAGGGCCGCAGGGCAGGGUGGUCCCAGCGGGGCCGGCAGCUCGCCACGCUCGCCCACGGGCCACCGGCCCCGCGGCUACACCAUCUCCGACUCUGCUCCGUCCAGGAGGGGGAAAAGGAUCGACAGAGACGCGUUCAAGGGCAGGGCGGCAGCGUCCAACCCGGAGAAAGUCCCUGGGAUAAACCCCAGCUUUGUGUUUUUACAGUUGUACCACUCCCCCUUUUUUGGUGAUGAAAACAACAAACCCCUCUUGUUGCCAAAUGAGAUGGGGUCCCUGUUCUGGUUGCAGACAUUUGAGAGGUCGGUGCAGCUCCUGGAUCAAAUCCCAUCCUAUGACACACACAAGAUUGCAGUGCUCUACGUUGGGGAGGGCCAGAGCAACAACGAGAUUGCAAUCCUGUCCAACGAGCACGGCUCCUAUCGCUACACCGAGUUCCUCACGGGCCUGGGGAAGCUCAUCGAGCUCAAGGACUGCCAGCCAGAUAAGAUCUACCUGGGAGGCCUGGAUGUGUGUGGAGAGGAUGGGCAGUUCACCUACUGCUGGCACGAUGACAUCAUGCAAGCCAUUUUCCACAUUGCUACUCUGAUGCCCACAAAGGAUUUGGAUAAAUACCGCUGUGACAAGAAGAGGCACCUGGGGAAUGAUUUUGUUUCCAUCGUUUACAAUGAUUCUGGAGAGGAUUUUAAACUGGGCACAAUAAAGGGGCAGUUCAAUUUUGUGCAUGUGAUCAUCACCCCCCUGGACUAUGACUGUAACCUGGUGACGCUGCAGUGUAGGAAAGACAUGGAGGGUUUGGUGGACACGAGUGUUGCCAAGAUCAUCUCUGACAAGAACCUGCCCUUCGUGGCCCGUCAGAUGGCCCUGCAUGCCAAUAUGGCUUCCCAGGUGCACCACAGCAGGUCCAACCCCACGGACACCUACCCCUCCAAAUGGAUUGCCAGGCUGCGUCACAUCAAGAGGCUCCGGCACCGGCUCCGUGAAGAGACACAGUACCAGAGCCCUGGCCUUCCCCUCCAGCUGCAUCCCUCUGCCCCCACAAAACCUCCUCCCCAGGUGCCCCAGGACCCCCCUCCCAGCUACGAGACGGGGCAGAGGAAGAGGCUGAUCUCCUCCGUGGAUGACUUCACCGAGUUCGUGUAGGGCCGGGCUCAGGGUGUCCCUGCUGGGACACUGAGGCCAUGGAAUUGUGUUCCCUGCCUGCUGAUCCCUGCACCUGCAUGGACACAGGGAUUGGGAGAUGCAGCCUGGCUGCUCCUUGCAUGUGAACUUGGCACUGAACCUGCCAGGAGCUUUGGGUGCCCCUGAGGUCAACACUGGAUUCCCAGCAGAAGCUCCCAGAGGACAAACCCACUGGGUUUGGUUUGAUUUGAGCUGUUUCAAAGCUUCUCUGUUGGGAACUUCCCUGCAGAACCUUUCUUUGGACUCCUUCCACACCAGCUCCCGGUGGAAGCAGACAAAGGAUGAUAUUCUGCAGAUCCUGAUGUGAAGAAGGUAGAGCAAUUUGGAGAACUUUAUUGGGAAUUAAAUACGAAGUAUUGAAAAUCCAGUUGCUAUUUCUAAGCAGAAAUCCCAGAAUCCCAGCUCCUCCCUGAACCUUGGGGUUGUCAGCACUUGGACUCUUCAGGCUCUGACUUGUUCUGCUGCCAGCUCUGGAAAGAGUUAAUUUGGGUUCUCUCUGCUGCUUAAGGUCCCAAGGUUUGUCUUCAUUUUUGCCAUCUGCAGAACCUCCCUGGUUGCAGCAGUGCUGGGGUAUCUCAUCCUUCCCCAUGCACAUGCUAAAUCCCUUUUUGACUGCUCACAAGUCUUGGGGCAUCAUCUCCCCCUGAGUUUUGCUUACUCCCUGACAGGGAGGCUCUCAGGGGAGACUGAAGCAGUUCAGUUGGAGCUUCCAGGGCAGGUAGGCACAGCUGGAAUGAGAUUUGCAGCCCAUCCUGAGGCAAGGGGGGCACCAGACACUACACCACCCAACUGGGAGGCACCUUAUAAGCUGGACUAUACUGUGAGAACUUCAUCUCCUGCUUUGUCCAUGAGUCGGAAGCGUGGAUUUGGGAAGGGCUGCCAGCAGGGAGAUGAAGACAAGUGCAAUGUGCACGUAGGACUGUGAAGGGACAGGUGAGGGGACAAAGGGACAGCCCUCACCUGUGCAGGGGUGUGGGAACACCGAGUGUCCGUUGUGUUCGAGUGUUUAUGAGUCGUAAAGGAAAUAAAAUAUUUGUCUGAUCAGUGCA